GGGUUAAUUAAAAUGUCUUGUAUAAAAGCCCCCUUUGGCUAACACUGGCACACAAAUGGCUCCAGUGAUUGAGAUUAUAAGUGGUCGAGUGACCCUCGGUGAGGGCCCCCAUUGGGACGCACCCACACAAACCCUCUACUACGUGGAUAUUUUCGGACAAGCGAUCCACAAAUAUGUACCAUCGACCAACACCCAUGCCAAGGUGGUGAUCGAGGGCGGCCCUGUGACCAUGGUAAUCCCAGUGGAAGGCACCACUGACAAGUUCCUGGUAAGCAUCGGCCGCAAGCUGGUCAUCGUCACUUGGGACGGCACCAGCGAUAAAAUCUCAAACUCCGAGCUUUUGGUCGAAGUUGAGAACAAGUCCGGGUAUUUCAACAACCGGUUCAAUGACGGUAAGGCGGACCCCACCGGCCGCUUAUGGGCUGGUACCAUGGGCCCAGAACCCGAAAUCGGGAAACUGGAGAAGGAAAAAGGUGCCUUGUACACUUUGGUGGGCAAACACCAAGUCAAGACCCACUUGACCAAAGUGAGCAUUGCCAAUGGUCUAGCCUGGGACUUGGAGUUGAAAAAAAUGUACUACAUCGAUUCACCCAGACGUACUGUGGACGAGUACGACAACAAUCUGGAAAAAGGGGAGAUUUGCAACCGGAAGGUCGUUUUCAAUUUGGACGUCCAUGACAUUCCGGGAGUCCCAGAUGGGAUGACCAUGGACACGGAUGGGAAUUUAUGGGUGGCGGUGUUCGAUGGUGGGUGCCUCCUCCAUGUCAAUCCCAGAACGUCCGAGUUACUCAACACUAUCAAUUUUCCAGCACGCCAGAUAACAUCGGCGGCUUUUGGGGGCCCGAACUUGGACGAACUGUACGUGACUAGUGCCCAGUUGGUGGUCAAGGGGGCCACGCAGCCCCACCCGGCUGGGGCCCUUUUCAAAGUCACGGGGCUGGGGGUCAAGGGGUAUCCCGGUGUUAAAGUGAAAAUUCCGUGAUUUUGCCAAUAAAGCGUUUUGACUCAAA